UGCAUACAGUUGGUUUUAUUAAACCGGUUCAUCAGUCCAUAUUUAAUUCUUGCCACGUCCACUUACCGAAGAACCUCCUGGCAGCUUUGCUAAAAUUUAAAAACGAUACGUGUGUCGGUACACGACCUACACACUAACUUUGCGGUUUUAUUUUCCAUAGUUUAUUAAAUUUAUUUUCACAACUAAAUAUUUAUUUAAACCCCUAAAUAAAUACUAAAAUAAACUGCGCGAGUGAUGUUUAUAUUCCGUAAAAUUUAACCGAAGUGAUAUUGGAUUUUAAUAAACAUUAGAAAGAUAAAUAGAAGACGUCAAAAUGGUUGAGAGCAACAACAAAACCCCAACUGAGAUGCACACAUUUUUACCUCAGGAUGAGGCUCUGUCAACUAAAUACAAAGUGCAGGUCGUAGCCAAAGACCCAGAGGUCGCGGUUCCAUUGACGGAUCACAAGAGCUUCAAUCCUUUUACUGAGCGCAAAGUUGAUAAUCCGACUACUGACUGCGACACGCUAACGCAUUUACUGAAAGCGGCUUUGGGUACUGGAACCCUGGCUAUGCCGUAUGCUUUCAAAAGCUCGGGACUUGUUGGCGGUAUUAUUGCAACGAUAUUUGUGUCACUUGUUUGCACCCACUGCUCAUAUAUUUUAGUAAAAUGCGCGCAUGUGUUAUAUCACAAAACGCACAGGACGAGAAUGGGAUUUGCUGACAUUGCAGAAAAUGCAUUUGCCACUGGCCCUAAAUGGGGACGGAAAUUUUCUAAAUUUUCCAGAUAUUCAAUUCAAAUAUGUUUGCUUGUAACAUAUUUCGGUACUUGCAGUGCGUAUGCUGUUAUUAUAGCGAAAAAUUUUGGCCAGGUAAUAAAAUAUUACAUGAGCCACAAUGAAACAACUGUGAUGCCGUCAGAAGCAGCUGACGCAGUUAACGCAACGUUAUCAGGAGCGACAAACAUCCAAUUAGACCAAACAUUUAUCCGUGUGAUAAUAGCUUGCCUAUUUCUCCCACUGAUUCUGGUAGUCUACGUCCCAGAUCUCAAGUACCUGGCCCCAGUAUCAAUGGUAGCAAACUUAUUCAUGGGAUGUGGAAUAGGAAUAACAUUCUACUACCUAGUCCAAAACCUGCCGCCAAUAAGUUCCUCCUCACUGUUCCGCCCGAUCGAAGAAUUUCCCACAUAUUUCGGAGUCACCAUUUUCGCAAUGGAAGCUAUCGGCGUUAUCAUGCCGCUAGAAAAUAAUAUGAAGACACCUCAAAACUUUGUUGGUAUCUGCGGUGUACUCAACAGAGGGAUGUCAAGUGUCACUCUUAUUUACAUACUUCUUGGCUUCCUGGGAUAUUUGAAGUACGGAAAUGGCACAGACGCUAUUAUCACAGCAAACUUGCCAAUAAAUGAAAUACCAGCCCAGGUCGUCAAAGUGCUGAUCGGGCUGGCGGUAUUUUUCACAUUCGGAUUACAAUUCUACGUGUGCAUUGACAUCGGCUGGUCAGUUCUCAAGGAGCACUUUCCCAACAGACCGUGUCUAGCUGAAUAUGUAAUGCGUACUGGCAUGGCAAUGAUCUGCAUUUCGUUGGCCAUCGCGAUACCAAACAUCGGACCCCUGGUUGAACUCGUCGGUGCAUUUUGCUUCUCUCUCCUCGGGCUCAUUGCCCCGCUGAUAAUUGAGACCAUCACCUACUGGGACAUCGGGUUCGGACGUUUCAAAUGGAUGGUGUACAAAAAUAUCCUAGUUGCUUUUAUUGGCUGCUUUGCUUUAAUAUUCGGUACGAAAUCAGCUAUCGAAGGUAUUAUCAAAGCAGCUUAAUAAUUUAUUUAUAUAUUUCUUUAUACACUAGAUAAAUUUUAGCCCCAUCUUUAUUAUUAAUUUAAAUUUAUAAUUUAAAAUCAUCCUCAUUCACAUUUUUAUUUAAAUUUAAUAAGAAAUUUAAUCUCCUAGGCGACAUUUUACAUUUUUUUUUUUUAGUUACAAAUUUAUCAAAAUGUCUAAUUAAUUUAAUUAGUUUAAUUACAAUAAUAAUUUAAGUUUUCGAGGUAUUUUUUUUUAAUUGAAGACUUAAAUUCCUACUAUUAAAAAUUAUUUUUAUCAGUGAAAAUAUGCAUACAUUUAUAAUUAGAAAUUUAUAAUCAUUGGAACUGUACUUAAAGUAUUCAAUGUUUAAUUAAUCGAGGCUUUAAUUUAUAUAAUUAUAAUUAUCGACAUUUCACUAAAGCGCUAUUCAAAAUUUAGUGCCUUCAUAAAUUAAACAUAUAUAUAUAUCUAUAUAUUUAUACUUUAUUAUAGGAUGGACGUGAAACUAUAAUUGUUAUUUCAUAUUGAAAAAAUUUUAUGUACAAAUUGUUAAUUAAUGUGCAAUUUAUACCCAUAAAUUAAUUAUAUGAAUAUAAAUAAUUAAUUGU